CCCACCACAGAAAUACAGACGAAAAAACCCCCAGUUUAAAAAAAAAUCCUUUGACAAAUGCUCCUCCAGAAAAAUCUUCGUCUUCCUUCACCAGUUCACCAACUUGUAAUUCUUGAAUUGUGAUCAGAACUCACUUUUUGUAACUUCUUAGUUGCAGCAAGCCAUUGUGAGCUGAGAUGAAAUCCAUGUCAACUUCAUGUGCUACUCUGCCACAUUAUCUGAGGACCAAAUUCUUGGACCCCAAUAGCAGCUACAAUUUCAUUGCCCCAGUUCAACUCGGACUUCACCAUUAUAAGAGCAAAUGCGAAUUAAACAGGAGGGGUUUUACAUUCAAGGGGAUUGUUGCUGCCGGAGCUUCAGCUGUUGCACCUUCUCUGGUCACUGAAUCUUCACAAGGUUUGGAAAGACUAAUGUAUAAGCCAGAUGGCUACAAUUACUGGACAUGGCGAGGCAGGAAAAUUCAUUAUGUUGUAGAAGGAGAAGGGUUGCCAGUUGUUCUAAUUCAUGGAUUUGGUGCUUCUGCUUUUCAUUGGAGGUAUAAUAUUCCAGAAUUAGCUAAAAAGUACAAAGUUUAUGCACUUGACUUGCUAGGCUUUGGUUGGAGCGAGAAGGCACUAAUUGAGUAUGAUGCUUUGGUUUGGAGAGAUCAGGUUGUUGAUUUUUUGAAAGAGGUAGUCAAAGAACCAGCAGUUUUAGUUGGCAACAGUCUUGGAGGAUUUACUGCACUGGUUGCUGCAGCAGCACUGCCGCAGCAAGUCAAAGGAGUCUCAUUACUGAACUCAGCAGGACAGUUUGGGGAUUCAAUUACUGUAAAAAGUGAAUCUGAAGAAACACCGAUACAAACAUAUAUUCUCAAGCCCUUAAAAGAAGCUUUCCAGCGUAUUGUUCUCGGAUUUCUAUUCUGGCAAGCCAAGCAACCUUCACGAAUAAAAUCUGUCUUGAGCAGUGUAUAUAUAAAUGCUUCAAAUGUGGAUGACUAUCUCAUUGAUUCAAUUACAAGGCCAGCAGCAGACCCAAAUGCAGGGGAAGUGUACUACAGACUAAUGACAAGAUUCAUGUCAAGCCAGAGGAAGUACACACUUGAUAAUGUGUUAAGCGAACUCUCUUGCCCGCUGCUGCUGCUCUGGGGUGACUUAGAUCCAUGGGUUGGUCCUGCCAAGGCCCUUCGCAUCAAGGAAUUCUAUCCAAAUACAUCCCUUGUCAACUUACAAGCAGGACAUUGUCCCCAUGAUGAAGUUCCUGACCUCGUGAAUAAGGCUCUAACGGAUUGGCUGUCAACUUUGACAUCUGCACCUCUUGAAACAGCAUGACUUAAUCCUGAACUUACACUUUCAUACGGCCUUCAUAUUUAAUUAUAUUUUACAUCAAUUAAACACAGGAAUUGUUUUGCUGAUGUAAUUUGACAACAUGUAAGAUGAAUUAUAUGGAAUGCAAUUCCAAAUUCUGAGAUCAUUGGCAGAUGAAAUUUCCUAAACAUGAGCGGAAAUUUUUUGUUGUUUUAA